GCCGGCCCUAUCGAAGUCAAGUAUGGUUCUCAUAUUGGUACUCAAUAUGUACGAUAUGUACGAUAUACCAUGCUGAAAGCUCUGAAAAGACCCUGGAUGGUACUUUACAAGGGCCCCUACCUCUUAUGCCUUGAACCCGAGAGCUCAUCGGGUUUCGUCAUCCCAAGGCAAGACCUAGUGGGUACGCCGUUAGAUUAUAUCUACCAGGUCUUUCUCUAGAUUCCACGAUCUAUAAAACCCGCGAGCCUCCUGCAAAGGAUUUUCUGUCAACCUAUCCCUCCUCAGUGUACGGAAAUCAUGGCUUCCUACGUCUUGUUGUUGUCACUUCUUCACGUCGCCACCGCUUGUGACAAGGUUUACCAUCUGUCUGCGCAGCAGUGGAAUGGAAGUGUAUCUUCAGAACUACAAUCGGUUCAAGGUGGACUAGGCCCGUUCGACCACCAAAAGAUUCUACCUUAUCCGAAUAGUACAAGUUUCGACUGGUGGUACUUUGAUGCGGUAUCGACUUCCUCGGACAACGAGUCUGUUGUUAUUAAUUUCCUGGAGGCUGGAGACUAUGCCGUGACACCGCAAAUAAGUGGUAGUCUGAUCAUCUCGAUCGUAGGAACAUUCAAAAAUGGAACAAGCUACUCGUCUGGUGGACUCGCAUCAUAUGGGGCGAACAUCACUACGAAUGAUGAGAGUAUUACGAGCCAAUGGAAGGGACCUGGCAUGAAUAUGGCUUUUGAGGGCUAUCUAGACCCAAAGGAUAACAAAGCAUCUUACAAUGUGACGCUUGAUUACCCUGCUGCGGGCAUUUCCGGCUCACUGUCGUUACGUGCCAGAGCGCCCCCACGAUACCCUUGCGAUCCCAAUAUCCCCGUUGUAACGGAAGAGGUUUCCCCUGGCUUGGGUUGGGCCAAUGCGGUUCCCGAUGCCGAUGCUACACUAGACCUGACUAUAGGGGGAGAGCACGUACAGUUUACUGGAAAUGGAUACCAUGACAAAAACUGGGCUGAUCGCCCGUUUACGGAACUACUGGACUUCUGGUACUGGGGACGCGCUCGCGUAGGUCCUUAUUCUCUGGUCUGGUUUGAUCUGAAAACGCCAGAUGGGGGACAUCACCGGUCGGGAUAUAUCUCCAAGGACGGUGAAGAUAUUUCCAUCAGCUGCACAAAUACUUCGGCAACAGUCAUCCCAUGGGGCACUAACAGCGAAUACCCCCCAAAGCCAACUACCGGCCCACCAGAAGGUAUUACCGUCUCAUUCGAUAUGGGCGAGAAGGGUACUUUCGCUGCCAACAUCACCACUCAGUUACUACUAGCAGAUUUCCACACUUACCAAAGAUAUAUAGGUCCAGCAAUUGGUGGCUUUAAUAAUAGAGAUAUAUUUACCGGGAAAGCUCUAUAUGAAGUAAUGCAUCUGGCCUAA